GGGGAAGAGGAGGCGGAGGAGGCGGCAGGCGCUGCUGCUGCUGCUUGCAUCAUGGUCUGAGGGGCGACCCAGGAGCCAUGGAGCGGCGUGGCUUUAAGGGGGGAUGCAUUUCUUUUAAUUAACAUCAAUUAACUAAUUAGUAACCCUCCUAUAUCCAUAUUGGCCCCCUGGCUCCCUUCUGCUGCCUGCCCUGAUCAUCAUCAUCGUCUGAGGAGGAGGAGGAUGUCGUCGUCGUCAUCUUCUUCUUCUCCCCCGCCGCCGCCGCUGGCUCUGCCCGCCGCCGCCGCUGCCUCCUCCUCGCCUCCUUCUCCGUCGCCGGCGCUGCUGCUGGAGGAGGAGGAGUACUCGCGGCUGGUGAUGGAGUCCUCGGAGCCCUCGUGGCUGCGGGCGGAGCUGCGUCGUCUGCUGGCGGAGCUGGGCGAGACCACCCGGCAGAAGAUCCAGGCCGCCGAGUACGGGCUGGCCGUCCUGGAGGAGAAGCAGGCCCUCAAGCAGCACUACGACGAGCUCGAGCAGGACUACGAGGCCGUCCGCGCAGAGAUGGAGCAGCUCAAGGAGGCUUUUGGUCAGGCUCAUACCAACCACAAGAAAGUAGCAGCAGAUGGAGAGAGCAGAGAAGAGACCUUGAUUCAGGAGUCUGCCACAAAAGAAGAGUACUACAUGAAAAAAGUCAUGGAAUUGCAGACAGAACUGAAGCAACUGAGGAAUGUUCUUGCCAACACACAGUCUGAAAAUGAACGCUUGAAUUCUGUUGCCCAGGAACUGAGGGAGAUAAAUCAGAACAUGGAGAUCCAGAGGGGUCGUUUGCGAGAUGACAUAAAAGAAUAUAAAUUCCGAGAAGCUCGUUUGCUGCAAGAUUAUACUGAACUCGAAGAGGAGAACAUCUGCCUUCAGAAGCAAGUGUCUGUUCUGAAACAGAAUCAGGUGGAAUUUGAAGGGCUGAAACAUGAAAUCAAGAGGCUUGAAGAAGUUACUGAAUUCCUCAAUAGCCAGCUAGAAGAUGCAAUAAGGUUGAAAGAAAUAUCUGAACGUCAACUUGAGGAGGCCUUAGAAACCUUGAAGACAGAACGUGAACAGAAGAAUAACCUUCGGAAGGAGCUGUCUCAUUAUAUGAAUAUCAACGAUUCCAUGUAUACCAGCCACCUGAACAUCUCUUUGGAUGGACUGAAAUUCAGUGAUGAAACCACAGAGCCUAAUAAUGAUGAAAUAGUGAAUGGCUUUGAACAGAACUGCCUGAGCAAAAUCAAUGGCAAUAACAAAGCAUCUACCCCCAAGAAAAAUGAGAGCUUCCCUCCAGCCCCUAGUCUCGUGUCGGAUCUCCUAAGUGAACUGAAUAUAUCUGAAAUCCAGAAGCUAAAACAACAACUGAUGCAGAUGGAAAGGGAAAAAAUGAAUUUGUUGUCUACACUCCAAGAGUCUCAGAAGCAGUUGGAGAACACUCGGGGAGCCCUUUCUGAGCAACACGAAAAGGUUGGCAGACUUACAGAGAACCUCAAUGCCAUGAAAAAGCUUCAAGUCAGCAAGGAACGCCAGUCUGCUCUUGACAAUGAAAAGGAACGUGACAGCCAUGAAGAUGGAGAUUAUUAUGAAGUUGACAUCAAUGGCCCAGAGAUUCUAGAGUGCAAGUAUAAAGUGGCCGUAGCGGAGGUUAGUGACUUGAAAGAUGAGCUUAAAGGCCUUAAGGCCAAAUAUGAAGAGUGUGACUCCAAAUAUGAAGAGGAGAAGAACAGGUAUGAGACAGAAACUCAGGCUCUGACAGAAAAGAUCACUUUGUUGGAAAAAUCUAGUAGGCAGGAUAGGGAGCAGGUAGUCCGACUGGAGAAGGAACUCAAGAAAGUCAGUGAUGUCGCUGGGGAAACCCAAGGUAGCCUCAGUGUAGCCCAGGAUGAACUGGUCACCUUCAGUGAGGAACUGGCCAACUUGUACCAUCAUGUGUGCAUGUGCAACAAUGAAACUCCAAACAGGGUAAUGCUGGAUUACUACAAAGAGGGGAAAGGGGGACGCACCAGUCCAGAAGGCAAAGGCCACAGAUCUCCCAUCCUGCUCUCUAAAGGCUUAUUGUCUAUAGACUUAGGAAAAUCAGAGAGCGGGAGUGGGGAAAGUAGCCCUUCACCAGUUUCAUCUCUCCCAUCGCCAGUAUCUGAUCCCCGAAAGGAACCUAUGAACAUUUACAACCUGAUUGCCAUAAUCCGUGACCAGAUCAAGCAUUUGCAAGCAGCGGUAGACAGAACAACAGAGCUGUCUCGGCAACGAGUGACUACCCAGGAACUUGGGCCAGUAGUGGACAAAGACAAAGAGGCUCUUAUGGAGGAAAUCCUGAAGCUUAAGUCUCUGCUAAGCACCAAGAGGGAGCAAAUAGCAACUCUGAGGACUGUGCUUAAGGCCAACAAACAGACAGCAGAGGUUGCCCUUGCCAACUUGAAGAGCAAGUAUGAAAACGAAAAGGCCAUGGUUACAGAGACGAUGAUGAAGCUGCGCAAUGAACUGAAGGCUUUAAAAGAAGAUGCUGCUACCUUUUCUUCUCUGAGGGCUAUGUUUGCUACCAGGUGUGAUGAGUAUGUCACCCAGUUGGAUGAAAUGCAACGCCAACUGGCUGCAGCUGAAGAUGAGAAGAAGACACUGAACUCGUUGCUCCGCAUGGCCAUUCAGCAAAAGCUGGCUUUGACCCAGCGCCUUGAGCAUCUUGAGCUGGACCACGAGCAGUCCAAAAGGGUGCGCACAAAAUCUACUUCCAAAGCCAAGAGUAGUAACCCCAGCAUGAUCAGCAGCUUGCUUCUUCUGUCUUGCCGCUCUGCCUAUAAAUUAGUUGAGAGAUACAACAGUGUAAGAGUAAUAAGGGGAAGCGCUGCUUGCUUUCCUAACAGAAGGAAGCCAAAUGAGACUUGGACCUCUGAGUUUAGGGGAAAAAAGAUGGCCACGAUGAGCACAACAUACAUCUGGAAAACGGGACCACGUUGAAAAAUUCUAAAAUAGAGAAUCUGCUAUCUAGAAAUUAGACAAGUAAUGUCCCAUGAAUGAUCCAGUUUAAUACAGGAAGUGAAGGAUUAGCAAACAUGUAUUUUUUUCAGUAGAUUGAUCGAUGUCUGCUUGGCAGGCCCAACAUGCCUCACUUUAUUACUGCAUUUGCAGAAAACACUGUAUUCUCUUGGAUUUGAGCUUUAAUAUUGCUAAUUAGCAGGUUUUGAUAGUCUUAGAAACAGAACACCUUUUAAUAAAAUGGUAAAUCCUGCUUUUCUCCUGUUUGAUGCACAAUAAUCCAGAAAGCCUUUUCAGCCCCUCCUCCCUUUUAAAAAAAAUGCCUUGGGAAUAACUAGGCAUUUAGAUUGCUCCAGUACUUUGCUCUAUUAGAAGCGUGAACACCUUUGCUUCCAUGUUGAUGGGGAGAUGUUGUUAACAACUAUAAAGGUAUUCUUUUCUCUAGUAGGACAUGUGACACAAUACACACCAGGGGGAGGACAUUUGAAAGAAAUCAAUUACAUUGGCGGGUUUUCCAGAUAACAGAGUAAAUAGGGAUGGUGUGAGAUUGCAACAACCGUGUAUCAGUUCACAUUGCUGGUUGUAACUGUCACAUUCUGUGUUGUGUUACGGAAAAGGUGAAGUUUUGAACAGGCUUAUUAUUAGUUUCCAUUGUUAUCUCAACCUUUGUUCUACACACAAACACACACAGAGGCUUCAGUCUUGCAUCAUCUUUUGUCUGGAGCAUCCAUGAUAGGUAAGCUUAGAGGGAGCAGCCCUGCUGCACCUACCCAUUUGUCAGCUGCAGGUGUCUGACUGUUUUAAACACAGCUAGCAAAGGAAACUCUGACAUCUCCUCAAAGGUGAUUUACUGUUUUAUGUAAACUUAAGACAGGCUAUCUGAACAGGCUUGUCAUACCCAUUGACUGAUCUGCUUCUUCAAACUAACCUCUGCUAUAUUGGUGUCUCAUUUUUUUGCUUUCAUUGGUUUGGGGAUACAGCAUCACUUACCUCUGCAACUGGAGCUUUUUUCCUGAAUGAUUUUAUUGAUCUCUAUGUUGGCUGGCAUGACUGACCUGCAUGUUUCUGGAGGGCCUACCCUAAGCCUUCUUGUGUACUCACUGCCAUAUACUUCUGCUUAAGCAAUGUAGCUUUAUUCAGGACUUGUAAGAAACUUUCUUCCUGCACAGCUUUUGCUAACAGGCCAUGUUUCAAAGCAUUGUUUCAGAUGCUUUUGAAAAGCACCCAUAAGCUAUGUUGGCUGCUUUCCCAUUAGAAGACUAACAGAUACCUCCCCCUCCCUCAGGUGACUCAUGUGCUAUGGGACCUCUUGCAGCACACCUUUGUGUGUGCAUGUGUGUGUUCUCAUUUUCCUUUCAUGAACUGAAGAAACUGAAAAAAAAUCUCCCUCUUGUUUCUAAUGUUUUGACUUUUGUGUCUCCCCCCUUUUUUCCUUUCCAUUUUUCAGCUGUAGAGUAGUACCCGGAGAAGGCCAUUGCAACAGUGCAACUUCAUCCCUUAGCCUGUGGCGUUAUGGUUAGAAGUGGUGGUAGCCCGUUGCACAAGGAAUGGAAACCACUGAUAAUGAACCUCUUCCCCCUUUCCUCUUCCCCAACCAAAACCACAUAAUUUUCAAUUUGCAACCUGUGUUGUUGUUUUUACCCCCCUUUUACUUUUUGACAUAAUGUGGAUACAAACAAAGCUUUAUCCUUUUAAGUGCUGCUGCAGGAAGAAAACUUAUAAAUGCUGAAGAAACCUACUUCAUAAUGUAAUAGCUGCCAUGGCUUAUUAUGGCUUAUUAGAAAUAUUCAGAUUGGUAUUGCCCCCCUCCCCUCCAUUUCAUUAUAGAGUUUUUUUUUUAAGAAAACAACAGUCUGAUUGUUUAAACCUGUGCACUUUUAAUAUUUUGAUAUUUACUUUAAUGUCUUUUUAUUCUUUUGUAGAAGAGUUUAUAUUAAAGGAAAAAAAUCCAGUGACUUAUGCUUAUAGUCUGUCUCCAUCUGAGGCUUGUGCUUGAUGUUCUCCCAUUUGCAUAUGGCAGAGUUUUAUUAUUGUUGUUGUUAUUUUGCUCUACAAUGUGUUUAGAAAAGACCUUCAGUGCAAACCAGGAUUUCUGCUGAACUAUAUAUGUGCUGUGCAACAGCAGCAUUUUUUUCCUUUCUUUUUUAAAAUAUAAAAUAUUAAGCUUUAUCUGUUUGAAAUUACUGAUUUUUAACUGCCAUGUUAAUUGAGAAAUCCAGGGUAUUCAAAUUCUGGGGUUUUUUUCAUAUUGUAUUAUUAUUCUUAGGAAUAGCUCAAUGUAACAAGAAGAAAACUUGACUUUCCUCUGGUUUAAAACAGUUAUAGGCACUUGAAAAUAAAUAUUAGUGUUACCUAUAAAUUCCAGAAUGCCUGGGUUUUAGGAAAAUCUUAUGGCGUAUGAUUGAUUAACAGAAUUUUGUACAACUAUACCACUUAAAUUCCAAAUUGGAAUUGGUUUUUGUUACUACUUUUUUUUAUUGUGCCAAAUUGUGGUACAUUUUAGAAAGACAAAUUCUAAAGUCAGUGCUAGGGUGUUCUAUUUCAGCGCCUUUUUUUGUCGUUUAAUUGUUGCCAGUAGUGCCUUUCAUAAUUUUAAAGGGAGAAGCCUAGGCUAGCUUAGUCUGUUCAAGAAGUGGUUUGGGAAUUUAGUGACAAUGUGGAGCAAUAAGUGCAAAGCAAACUACCCUACCACACAUUUCGUAAUGGCUAGACCUGCUAUAGAGAUGAAUUACAUGCAAAAUUGUAAAAAAUUCUGUUAGUCAAUGAUACUUCAUCAUGCAAAUUCAGGGGCACAGAUGUAAAAGAAACAAACAGGCUAACACAUGAAGUAAAACUCGAAUAUACUUUGCAAACCAAAAUGGACAUUGUUGAUUAAAAUAAUAAGCAAGAUAUAUUAACACAUUUGUGGUUGCAGUACAGAAGAUGUUUUGGAAAUGUUGGUGUUCUGGUAGAUUGUAUGGUGGUGGAUCCAGUUAAUCAUAGUAUUGUUUGCAAAUGUGAAGAUGAAAAAGGAAACAUUUAAUAUUUUCUCUUGCAUGUUAUAUCUAAUCCAUUGUGAUUUCAGGAAACAGAAACACAGUUGUGCAUCAACAAGAUGUGCCUGCUGGUGCUAAUUGUUGAGGCCUAAGUCUAAAUGAUUAAAUUUGGUACUUCUUGGUGGAGGGUGGGAACCACCUUGCUCUAAAAAACGAAAAAGAGUAGAAAUUGUAAUAAUAAUAUCAUGGGGAAAAGCUUUCUGUUUGCUGGAAGAAACUUUAUUAUUCCUAGGUGGAGACUUAUAUUUUCAUCAUUUUGGUUACAGUAUUGACUCAUGAUUACAUUUAAAUUACAUCUCUAUGUGGGUAUUUAUUUGAAAUGUCAAAGUACUGUAUUAUGUUAUUAUGUGCAUUACCUUUUAGUGGUGGAUUGAUCUCCAUUUUAUUGUCAUAUGCAUGUACUAUUGCCAAGUAACUUUUACACAGACAGUGGGGGGGGGGGAGAGUUAAUGUAAUUGCUUAAAAGGAAGAUGCGGAAACUCAUUAAGGUACAACUUUUGUGUUAAUUUGAUAAUUUUAGGUGGUGUAGAGGAGGAAAAAAAAAGGUAAUUCCAAAUUAAUCCCAAAAGAGUGCAUGUUGUGUAGGAAAGCAAUCUACCUGCGUAAAGGUAGUCACAUUGGCAGUAUCAAUAAAUGAGAAAGAAGAGA